UCAAAAGGGAAUGAAAAAAAGAACUAACCAUAAAAGAGGUUUCCACCCUGUUCUUUCACACUUCUUCUUUAAACACAGGACUGAUGUCACUGUGCUAGUACAGGGGAACCACAUUAACCGCAGGUUUUGUUACGUCACUUCACAAGCUGACGGGAGAUGGACUUGCUUUUGAUGGGAAGCCAAAGCCUUCAGUUAAGUCUGACGUGAAAACGACCGACAGAUUAUCUUGAAUAUUUGUGAUGUAAAACAACAGGGGAAUGACUUGUGACUGAAAGACACUGGAGAGAAAGAAACCAACACGUUGAAGCCGAUCCUGAGCAGCUUCACCAACAGAAUGAGAAGAAGGAGGAAGCAGUUAGUUACACCCUGAAGCAAAAACAAUCCAUCUAACCCCCAGCUUUGGAAACCAACCAUCCUGCAGGUUUGAGAUCUCUCAAAAAAGAAGAUUGAUGACACCAUAAAUGGAGAGAUAUAAGAACACACCUGUGCUGUUUCUUCUUCUGGCUCUGCUUUGUGACUGUGCUGCUGGAAACAAGCCGUGCUCUAGUAACAAUGUCCCAGAUCUCACCUGCUACACUGACUAUAAUUCUACUAUCACUUGUGUGUGGAACAGCCCAGAUGUGUCAGAUCAGUCAGAAAAUGUGUGCACAAUCCAAUCCUCAGGGAGAAAUAAAUUUCACAACAGUUUCUGUAACCUGGAGCUUGUUGACGUCUCCAGACCAAUGCCAAAGAAGUGCACCAUGAACUACAGAAGAGGAGGCAAUUUCCAGACCUUCGACAAGCUGUCUAUUAAUCUGAGCUGUAGCCAUUGGAAGCAGAGUUUGAUUAUGAUCUUCAAGCCAUCUUGUCACAUAAAGCUGAAACCUCCGCGACAACCAGCUAUCAACUUUACCACCGUUUCCUGGACAUCCCGACUUACAAACGAAACGAACGAAAGCAUUGAAUCAUACAGCUCCCAGUUGCAGUGGAAACACGAGGAUGAGUCAUGGAGUGAUCGCUCUGUGAAAAUAAAAGACACUCAAUGUGAAUAUCACUGCACAGCAGAGCUGGACCCUGAUCAGUUGGUACAAGAAGAGAAGUAUCAGGCACGCACUCGAGUGAAGGCCAUUUCAGAGGGCACCGAGUCAAUGUGGAGUGACUGGAGCCCCAGUACGCCAUGGGUGUCUCUGAUAGGAAGAACAAGACCAGCCCCCCCACCAUCAGAUAAAGAUCCUACUGGAGGUGUUUUUGGAAUUGUUGCGGCAGCAGCAGGGUUUGCAGUGUUCCUGGUUGUCAUACGCAUUAAGACAGACAAAACAACCUGGGUUUACGUGGCAAAGAAAAUCAAAGGUCCGCCCCUGCCGAACCCAGCAAACUCCUUUCUAAAUGAUGCAAAUUUCCAGAAUUGGUUAAGCCCUUACUUCACCAGUGAAUCCUUUCAGUCCUUUUUUAAACCGGUGGAUAUCGUCUCUGUCGAGGUAACCUCCACUGUGGAUGCUGUUGCACCCUACGGGCCAGAGGCGGCACUGCUGGAGAAGAUCAGAAGUGAAGACAGCCAUGAGUCGACCAGUUCCAACUUCUCCAACCCCAGUUACUCCAA